CAAUUGAGAAAAAGAAAAAUCCAACUUCGGUGAAAGUUGCUUAAAACCCUGACACAACCACCGUCCUCACUCGCAUCACCACCAUGUCAGAGCGAGACCGACGCGAACGAGAGAGGGAUAGGGACCGUGAACGCGACCGCGACCGCGAUAGACGCCGAGAUAGAGACGACCGUGACCGUGACCGAGACCGUGACCGAGACCGAGACCGUGAUCGAGACCGGGAAAGAGACAGAGAGAGGGACCGUGACCGUGACCGAGGGAUUAGGAGCAAGAAGUCCCGAUCUCGAACUCCAGACCACCACGCUCGUCCUCCUCGCCACGUGCGUUCUCCGGAGAGGUACCGUUCUCGUUCCCGCUCGAUUGACCGUCAUCGACACCACAGGCGCAGGACUCCCUCUCCCGAUGCGCCGUCGCGGAAACGGCCUCGCCAGGGUUCAGUGGACGAUGAGAAGGAAAAGAAUCGCAAACGAGAUGUGCCUGGUUUCGUCGACGAGGCUGCGAAAGAGCCUGCUAAGAAGAAGGGUAAACAACCUAGCGGAGGCAACGAAGCUGACAAAGGCGGAGGCGGUGGCGAGACGGAGGAAGGAAUGGAUGUUAAUGAGAUUGAGAUGAUGAAGAUGUUAGGGAUUCCAACUGGAUUUGACUCGACGAAAGGGAAGCCAGUUGAAGGCGCCGACGUCAGUGGGAUUAGGGCUGUGACCAAGCGGCAGCCAAGACAGUACAUGAACCGUCGCGGUGGCUUUAACCGUCCUUUGCCUCCAGAGCGUAACCGCUAGUUUUCUUCAAGGGUCCUUCUCACGCCGUUUUAAACACGAGUCAAAAGGAUGAGGGUUCGUGCUGCAUGUCGUCUGUAGUAGUAUUUACUGCAAUUUUUCCCCAGACUCUGUUCUAAUGUCCUUUGAGAACAAACAUGUACUCUCUGAGUUCAGCAAUAUCUCAUGAGUUCGGGAUUUAGAAUUGUCAAUCUUAUGUGUGUAACCUUUCGACUCUAACUUUCAGACUAUUGUUCAGCUGAGAUCAUGGCUAUUCAAUUUGAGUUUCUCACUAAGA